AUGGGGCUAACGGAGAUUCUGCUGCUCGCGGCACUCUCUGCCGGAGGGGCCACAGCGCGUCUUAAUUCUCGUCAGCUCAGUGAAGACCCACCCACUCGAAUAGUUGGUGGUUCGGAUGUUCCGCCUGGAGAGUACGUUCCCUAUCAGGUGUCCAUGCAGUACAGAACCAGCGGCGGUCAGGCGCACUUUUGCGGCGGCUCUAUUAUAUCUCCGAAUCGCAUCCUAACGGCUGCCCAUUGCUGUCGCGGACUGAAUGCAUCGCGGAUGACAGUUGUGGCCGGGAUACGCAGCCUUCAGGAGAGUGGUUCACGUUCUCAGGUGGUGUCCUACAGCAUACAUCCAAAAUAUCAAGAGCUAGUCACCAGCGACGUAGCCGUGCUGUUCAUUGAGCCGCCGCUGGAGAUGAACAAUGUCAGCAUCAGGGCCAUAGAGUUUACGGCAAAGCGAAAGGAGUUUGUCGGUGGCGGAGUUCCCGUAACACUCACAGGAUGGGGUCUGCGACUGCCUGUUCCUUUUCCCUUCCUGGACAACGUCAACUAUCCGAACACACUUCAGCGCAUGAGCUAUCAUACGAUAGGAAAUAGGCAGUGCAGAGAGGCGGGCAUGGAGAGUGUCACGGAUACGGAGAUCUGCGCCAGAGGUCCCUUCAGAGGCGCCUGUUCGGGCGACUCUGGCGGACCGCUGGUCAUGCAAACGGAGAAUGGACUGAAGCAGGUUGGCAUCGUGUCCUAUGGACUGAUGGUCUGCGGUCUCUACAUCUCCCCGGAUGUCUACACUCGAGUGUCCACGUUCAGUGGAUGGAUACAAGACCACAUAGAGUAA